AUGGGGGCUCCACAGGGCCUUGAAUCGCGAGAAUUCGCCCGCUCCACUAGGGGCCAUGAAGGCGGGGACCAAGCACACAUGGGCCGUCUACACUGGGUUCUCUUGGGGUCCUUGCUUUUGCGGCAGCUCACCGCUGCAGCAGCAAGGUACUCUAUAGUGAUGGCCUCCUCUUUAGCCUUUCAAGGAUACCCUCUUCCAUGCGAGCUGCGUACGAGCUCCUUUCCCCUUCCUAAUGUGAACUACGCCGGGAAAGGGCCUCGCUGCUGUGGUCGGUUUCCUCUAGGGGACUUGCCACAAGAAAGUGGAGGCUUUCAUUCCUUACCGACCUCCUCAAGUACGGCCAUGCAUGCAAAGGGCCGUCCAGGGGGAGGAGGUGGUGUGGGAGCCAAGAAGAAGGCGCAGCCUCAACAGAAGCAGCAAAAGCAACAGCAGCAAAAGCAACAGCAGCAAAAGCAACAGCAGCACCUUGGAGGGUUUGACAAGCAUAAAAAGGCAAAAAAGGCAGCAGGAGGUGGUCAGACUUCAUCGAGAGACUCAGGCGGCUCGCAUGUGCGCCGGAAAUUACAUCGUGCUGCUGAAUCUAGGCCAGAGGCCCCAGAUAUCUCGAAAGCAAACCUGCAGGCUCGGGAUCUGCCAUAUGAUCUUGUGUCUCCCGAUGUGUUUGAGGUAUACAAGGCCUUUGGGAGGUUGGCAGAUCCUUUUGAACCCCACGGGUCGCUGCCUCCUUCUCGUCGACUCUUCAUGGAUAGGCUUUUUAAAGGGUUCACAAGGCUUGAGGGAAUCACAGAGGACCAGUUUCGCAUCCGGUUGGAGUAUGACUGGCGUUUUGUCCUUCCUCUGGCGAAGGACCCUCUCGCACCUCCGCAGACUCCGGAGGCUCCAGGAGGUUCAAAGGCCCCUGAAGCUGCUGAGGCCGUGAGUGACGGGAAAACACCAGAGGAUCAAGUAACCAUGGAUACAGCCGCGUCAUCGCCAUCUCCAUUUGAAGCUCUUGACCUUAAACUAUGCCAAGCCUGGGCAGCAGCAAGGGGCCUCCCACUCGUUGAGGAGGAAGCCACUCGAAAGCAGCGCCAGCAAACCAGGGCCAUGAGGCUGAAAACAGCCUUCCUGUGGGCUUACAGCCGCUUGUCUCCUCCCCACUUAGGACCGCAAGGAACUCCUGAGGCUUUGAAGGCUCUAACACCACCGGAGCCCUUGCCCCCCCGUCAGGUGCUAAUGCAGGAGGCACGUCGCCGCAUCUCCGCAGAAAUAAACCAGCAGGGACUCCAUCCAGCGAUUCUGGAGGCCCUCUGGCAUUUCUUUGCACAAGGAAACGCAAGUAAAUUAUUAACAAAGGAUCAGGCAGCGGAGCGUAUGGACUUCUUGAUAGGGGGCCCUUCAGGGGGCCCCCGCCUGUGGCUGGAUGCAUCUGAGGUUCCUGGGCUGUUGGAAGGGGGGCAAAAAGGAGCUCAGAAAUCGGAGGCCCUGCAUGUCAAGCAUUUGUUCUUCCGUGGAGGCCGUCUGCUCUACAGGAACCCUGCGGCGGUGUCUGCCCCAGGGAGGAAGCCAAACCCAAGGGGCCUUCCCCCGCGCCUCUCGGUAGAACGGUUUUGGGGCUGUCUGGGACAGCAAGUCAACAGGCGCAUGCAGAAUUUUGAUUGGGAGGCCCUCGAGGCACGGGAAGCGCAAAUCGAAGAGGAAAGGACUAUGUUUCUCAGCUGUAUCCGUAAAACCAUCCAGCUACGACAACAACGUCGACGGUUUUGUAUGGCUUCGCGCCGCCUUUUGGAUGGCAUUUGGCUUUCUGUGCUCCAUUCGAGAAAUACUAACAAGGCACACCAGGAGGCACUCACUAACGAGGCCCUCCUCCUUAAGGUUAAAAAAAAGAGAGAACACUAA